GCUACCUUCUACCUCACGCUUCUUGCUGAUGCUAGCGCUCCGGUGAUCAACAAUUUUGUUCUAGAAGGGCUACAGGUGCUUCCAUCGAGCCUUGAGCAUUGUCUGUUUGAUUACGUCAAAGGAGAUUCGUUCAAUACACCGUUUGAUUUGCGUGUCGUGCCUGUGACUAGCCAGCCAUUGUCGCAACCUGAAAAGCGUGCGCCUGUACUAGCCGACGUUCCUGCGGAGAAACCUGUCGUGGCAAAGAAGGAGCCUUACGCAGACGAGGUAGACAGAUUUCUUGCAGAACAACUGUCUCAAAUUCCGGAGUUCGCGCAACUUGGACCUCUAUUCCACUCAUCACCACGUGUGGCACUAACUGAUGAAGUCACCGAGUACACCGUCCAUGCCAUAAAGCACAUCUUCACUAAUCACGUUGUUAUCCAGCUAGACUGCAAGAACACUCUGAACGACCAACUUCUGGAAGAUGUCUUUGUAGAACUGGAAGAUCCUGACGGCGAAUGGUCAGUGGAUCACACUAUUCCCAUCAGCAGCUUGCCUUACAAUGAGACAAAACCCACGUAUGUGCUGAUGGAAUUCCCUGAAUCAGGGUCUGUCACUGGUACUUUUGGUGCUACACUGAAAUUUAACGUAAAAGACGUAGAUCCGGCUACUGGUGAACCAGAAUCUGAUGAUACUUACGAGGACAGCUACGUGCUGGAAGAGCUAGAGUUGUCGGUUGGUGAUUUGGUGGCUCCGGUGAUCAAACAAAACUUUAUGGCAUCUUGGGAAGCUAUGGAUGGUGUCAAAACUGUA